GCAUUUUUCAACCACAGUCUUAUGUUUAUUUAGGAAACAGCCCUGCCCAGGGAACUGGGUUCAAAUUCAAGGUUAGCUGACUCAACAAGGCGCCCCUACAGGCGAAGCUGGCAGAGUAAAGGCUUCAACUCUUCUCCAUGGCAGCCCACCAAAACUUGGCUUCGAAGAUCUUCUGUUUGUGCUGCAGAGACUGUGAGGACCCCCGGGCCAUGGAUGACCCCAAGGCCCCCAGUGAACCCCAGGAUCAGCAGCCAUCCACCUGCAGUUUGCAGAAGGAGGGGCUGGACAGCAAGAAUUCGAAGCAUGCUAAUGAAGCCUCCCACUCGCCUUUGGGACAACCUCUGAUCCACCCAGAAAAGAGAGCCUCCACCACCAGCAACAAUGAGUAUGAAGAACUGAAUGCACACGUCUCCCAAAGAGGUUUCUGCAAGAGAAACCUAAACCGCUACUCCCGGGACCGCUGGCCAUUCCAGCCGUGUCACAUCGGGAGGCCCUGAGCAUUCUAGACCGCCGCUCCCACGCGGGCCUCCCAGGCUGCGGGCCGCUGGGGUGUCUCCGGAAGGAAGAGGCAGUGAGCAGGGGCCAUGAAGACGGAUUCAGAAACUCCCCCGGGAGGAGAAGACGUCUGAGCCACCCCUGUGCCACCAGCAGGAGUCACUCCAGCUCCUGAAAAAGCCACUGUGGAGGGAGCUGUUUCCAAUUAAAGCCCUUGGUGAUAUCGCAGGACUGUAUCUCUCCUCUUUUCCCCUUCCUUACAGGGAGCAUCUUCCAAAUGCCUCACUGGUUUUACGUGUAUUAUCCUGUCUCCCUAACCUAAAACAAAAAACUUAAACCUUAUAGCUUUUUUUUUUCAUUUUGAAACCAUCUUGAACUUACUGAAAGUUGCAGAACAAAGAACUCCUAGUUACCUUUUACCCAGACUCAACAAUUGUGUACACCUCCACCAUUUGCUCUGUCAUUUCUUUUCUCUCUCUCUCCCUGUGUUUUCUGAGCCAUCUGACAGGAAUCCCGUUAUUCCUGAACACCUCCCUGUUGUGUUUCCUAAGAACAAGGAUAUUCUCUUAGGUAACUUCAGGACAGUUACUAGAAACAAGAAACUCAAUAUUGAUACACUAGUAUCAUCAAUUGUCCCGAAAAUGUCUUCCAGCUGCUUUCUUGCCAAGUGCAGGAUCGAAUCCGACAUCGCGAGUCACACGUCAUUGUCACGUCCCUUGAGCGUAUUUUUAAUCUGGAACGGUUCUGUCUUUAUCUUCAUGAGCUUCCCGUUUCUGAAGCAUACAGGCACAACUGUCUUAUAAGGUGUCGCUCAAUUUGUGUUUAUAAUUCCAAUUUUGCUUUUUUUUUUUUUUUUGGCAGGAAGAUCAGAGAAGCAACACUGUAUCCUCCCCAGUGCAUCAUAUGAGGGGACACGUGAUGUAGGUAGGUCCUGCCAUUGGUGACGGUAAUCAGAUCACUUGGUUAAGCUGGUAUUUGCUGCCAGGCUUCUCCACUGCAAAUUACUAUUUUCCCCUUUGGAAUGAGUAAGUCAUUUGGGGAGAGACUCUGAACAGCCCAUUGCUCAUCAAAUUUUCACUCACUAGUUUAAGUGUCUACGAAACCUCCCCCUCCAACCCCGAGAAGAACAUGCCCAGCUAACAUACUAUUCCAAGAAGGAUAAGAGACACAUGAGGCAGAACCACCCCAGCCGAUCUGAUGGGCGUGGUGGAGAGUAUGGAAUCAUCACAGAGGGAAGGACAGACCACUGGAGAAAGGGUCAGCAGACCUCCCCCCUCCUCCCUGACAUCGUGGUCCAGGCAAACCCCCAACAUUCUCUGCUUCCCUGUCUCUGUGACAUCACAGCCUCCUCUCUUCUCUACCAGUUACAGGUGAGUGAGCCUCAAAGGUCAGACCUCAGAGCAGGACGGAGUAUUUUUUCUGUACUUAAAGGGACAAUGUCUCCAUCACUCCCGGACACCUUUGCUAUAAGAAGCAGACAUUACCCCUAAUUUGCCUCAACUCCACUGUUUCUGUCUCUGGGCCCCAGUCUCCCCACCUGUGCCGACUGACCUCUAAGGGCUCCUCCAGCUCCAGAAGCUUUCCUGUUUGACCUCGCUGGGUCUUUCUUGUUCUGGUCCAAGUGCUGUGGGUCACUGGAGACCUGAGGCUCACAGCCCACUGGGCAUAACCCAAGAGGCUUUUUCUUUGGCUCCUGCCUCCAUCUAGAGCUUCAUGGGGGUCGUUCCAUUUCAAAACCACCUGCCAUCAACUCUCUGAGGAGCAGAAGGUGUUUCUGAACAUCUCUCUGCCCCUGGAAGUGCCUGUAGGGUGAGGCCCUGGACAGCAGAGGCUCAGGUACCAGACAAAACUGCGUUACAAUCCCGGCUGCUCCUCUUGGCCAUAAGACCUGGGAGUCACCUUUCUGGGGCUCAGCUCCACCAUCUGAAAAGCUAAAUGAGCUCAGAGAUGUCCAAGGACCUACCCAAGAAGCUCGAUGAAGCCAUCAGUCAGCUUGACGGUGUCUCAUCAGCAGUGAGACACCAACAGUGUCUCACCAGCCUUCAUGUCCCUGGAAUAGUGGCUUAUCUCACCCCUGGGGCGGUGACAGCAUCUGCUCAUACGCAGGACCAAAGUUCAACCAAAGUACAGGGCACCAGGACUCCAAGCAGAGGUGUGAUGUGAUGUGACUUACAUCAUAAGAGGAUUCUGCUGUGCUGACACCAAUGAAGACGAGGGUGGAAGAAGCAGGGAGACCAGUUAGGAGGCCAUCGCAGUGAUCCAGAUCUGAACACGGAUCCUCGCACAAAUGGUUUGAAAAAGAGACACCACACCACUUCUCCAAUAUUUGGGCGCUAAAAACUUGCACUAUUGGGAGACCCUGAGCAUUCUAGUCAGCAGCCCCCAUGCUGUGCGGCUGCCCGAGCGUCUCCCGAAUAGGGUGGUGGGCAGGAGCUAUGAAGAUGGGUUCAGAAACUCCCCUGGAGAAGAAACCAUCUGAGCCACCCCUGUGCCACCAACAAGAGGUGCUCUGGCCACGGCGGGAGGAGCUGCCUCCAAUUAAAAGUCCUUGGUUGCAUCA